UUAUUUGUUAUAAUUAAUAAAAAUUUUCAUAUAAUUGGUGCAACAAAUAUAAUAUUUAUUGUAUUUAGCUAAAUCAACCAAUUAACGUGCAGAUUGGAACGCUACUACAUAUAAUUGGUUGAUAAUCACGUGCCACAUAUUUUAGAGUAAUCAAAAAAGGCGGUUUAGAUUUACUAAUAUCAUUGAUAAGUUUUAGUUAAAAAUACUUAUUUUUUUAGAUUAUUGAAUUUUUUAAACAGCUAUUAAUUUUUCGUGCGUUAAUUUUAAAAUAAUUAUAAAACGUACAAAAUGUCUACUAUUAAAAAUUUACGACGAUCUUCUCGAAUACAAGCUCGUGUGAAAGAAGAAAAAUUAAAAAAAAAUACAUCAUUUAGUUCUGAUGAAGAUAUUAAUGUAAAUUCAAUAAGUGCAAUAGAAAAUGAACUUAAGGAUGUAGAAGAGAAUAUACAAAAGCCAGUUGAAUUAUUUUCAAAUGAUGAUAUUAGCGGAGAAGCAUUAUUUAAAUUUCAAACACCUAAUAAACGAAAUGCUAUGACACAAAAAGCACAUUUAUGUCGUACACCUAUUAAUAUUAAUACAUUACCUACAGUUAAAAUAGUUCUUGAAAGAAUAGAUUUAAAUUAUAAAAAACAAUUGAAAACUUUUAAGAAAUCUCAAGAAGUUUCUAAAGCUUCUGUUAUCUCUAAAAAAAAUAGAUUUGGAGUAACUUUAAGUGAAAGUGAAAGUAUAUCUGAAAGUGAUUAUAUUCCCUCUGAAGAUAGUGAAGAUGAAACACAUGAAAGUGAGAAUAUAGAAUCUAGCGAUGAUAAAAAUAAAGAAAAAAUGAAAUUUCAAAGAUCAAAAAUUAUAUUGCAUUCAAAUUUAUUGAGUACACCAAAAAGAAUAAGUAGGAAAAAUAAGCCUUCGAUUAUUCAUAAAGAUUUUCAUAUGCAAACUGAUGAAUAUUUUGUAACACAAUCAGAAAAAGUAAUUACAUCUGAUCGAACAUUAGAAUAUUUACGUAAUUCUCGUUUGACAAAAGAAAAAUUGGAACAAUUAUUAGCAAAUCAAAAUUAUGUGUCUUCACAGCAUAAAAAGAAUAUUUAUUCAUUAACUAAAAAUUAUACAACAUUAUUUCCUAUGUGGUAUUUUAUUAUGGAACAAGGUUAUACUGUAUUACUUUAUGGUGUGGGUUCAAAAAGAUGUUUAAUUAAUGAUUUUCAUAAAAAUAUAUCUUAUCACCCAUCUCUAGUAAUAAAUGGCUUUUUUCCUAGUUUAACUACAAAAGAUAUACUGGAUAGUAUAAUUACUGAUCUAUUGGAAUUAAAUUGUCCUGGUAAUACAAUUGAAUGUAUAGAACUUAUUGAAAAUGCUAUGAUGAAAAAUUCACAAGAUAGACUUUAUCUAUUAAUACAUAAUAUAGAUGGUAUAAUGUUACGUUCUAAUAAAGUUCAAGACUUAUUGUCUUGUCUUGCAAGUAUACCAAAUAUUAGAAUUUUAGCAUCAGUUGAUCAUAUCAAUGCCCCACUUUUAUGGGAUCAUACAAAACAUUCUAAAUUUAAUUUCUUUUGGUGGGACACAACAACAUUUUUACCAUAUCAAGAAGAAACAUCUUAUGAAAGUUCACUUUUGGUUCAGCAAACUGGUGCUCUUGCUUUGUCAUCUCUUCAUAAUGUUUCUUCUUUAACUUCAAAUGCUAAAUCAAUUUAUAUAUUACUUGCUAAAUAUCAAUUGAGCAACAAUAAUAAUGUUAAUUUUACUGGAAUGGCAUUUAAAGAUCUUUAUCGAGCUGCUCGCGAAGGUUUUCUUGUAAGUUCAGAUUUGGCUUUACGAGCACAAUUAACUGAAUUUAUAGAUCAUAAACUGGUGAAAAUAAAACGCAAUAUUGAUAGUAUUGAACACCUUAUGAUUCCAUUAAAUAAUGGACUUUUAAAACAGUUUCUUGAUGAACAUGAUGUAUGAUAUUUUUAACAAUAAAUCAUGGUCUCAUGAUUAUAUAUAUAUAUUAAUUAUUUAUAUUUUCUGAUGCAUUUUUUUUAUAUAAUAGUUAUUUAAAAAUUAUUUUUUUAAAAAAAUAAAAAAUAAAAU